AGUCAUUAACACAACCACCACCAGAGAAGAAGCGGAGUGCGGUGCGGUAGUGUGGUAUGCAUGCUGUGUUUAUCCAACAUGUCUGUGCUCUACCCGACUCUUCUGCUCUGUGUGUACGGCUUCUUUUCCAGCUUCCGGCCAUCGGAGCCUUUCCUCACCGCCUACCUGAUGGGACCAGAUAAGAACCUGACAGAGAUUCAGGUCGUCAAUGAAAUCUAUCCAAUAUGGACAUAUUCCUACCUGGUGUUGCUGUUUCCAAUCUUCCUGGCCACUGACUAUCUCUGUUAUAAGCCUGUAUUGGUCCUGCAGGCCACCAGCUUAGUAGUUACCUAUGUUAUGCUGCUUAAGGCACAGGGCAUGCUAGCUAUGCAGCUCCUGGAGUUUUUCUUUGGGCUGGCCACGGCCUCUGAGGUGGCUUACUACUCCUACAUCUACAGCGUGGUGGAGCCAGCACACUACAAGAGAGUGACGAGUUACUGCCGCAGCAUCACUCUGUUUGGAUCAGCUGCUGGAUCUCUGACUGGUCAGCUCCUACUCUCUCUGGCCAAAGUUCAACUGCUUCAUCUUGUCAUCAUUACUCUGACAUCAGCUGCUGUGGCCUUUGUUGCUCCAUGGUUUCUACCCAUGCCCAAGAGGAGCUUGUUCUUCCACAAGGGUCCAGAAGCAGUGGAGGAGAGGCUACGGUGUGGCACAGCCCUUAUGGAGAAGGCUGAAGAUUCAGAGAACAAAGUGCCUCUGAGCUCCCAUGACGUCUCCACAGUAUCCAGCUCCUCUAAGCCAGGAAGUCAUAACAGUGGUCUUGUGGCCGUGUUGCGGGUGCUGUUUGAUGACUUCCUGCAGUGUUACAGAUGUCGCCCCCUGCUGGCCUGGUCGCUGUGGUGGGCUCUGGCCACCUGUGGUUACUUCCAGGUUAUCAACUACGCUCAGGCACUGUGGGAGAAUGUUCGUCCAUCCCAUGAAUAUGAAAUCUACAACGGCUACGUAGAGACACUGUCCACACUGCUAGGGGCUUUGGCAGCUCUGCUGGUGGGCUACCUGCCUGUGUCUUGGACUCUGUGGGGGGAGCUGACUCUGUGUGUCCUCUCCUUGCUGAUGGCUGUGUGUGUGUUUGUCAUGGACAUGAACAUCUUGCUGUGUUACAGCUCAUACAUCAUCUUCAGAGCCACAUACAUGCUACUCAUCACUGUCGCUACAUAUCAGAUUGCAGCCAGCCUCAACAUGCAGCGCUACGCCUUGGUGUUUGGAGUGAACACCUUCAUGGCUCUGCUGCUGCAGUCUCUGCUCACUGUGGUGGUGGUGGACUCAGCUGGCCUCGGCCUCGGUGUCUGUACUCAGUUCCUCAUCUAUGGCGGCUACUUUGCUGUCAUCUCUGUGGUCUUCCUCUUCGCUGGGCUUUGCAAACUGGCCUCCAGGAGGCGCUCCAAGCAGGAGGUCCUGGCCAACAGCCCAACAGAAACAGAGUCAGACUCUCCUCCAAUCAGUGAUGCCAGCACCUGCUGAUGGCACAUAAUGAUAGAUACUGAUUAGUUUCUCACAUACUAACGCAGCAAAGGUGAGUGAGCACAGUGACUCUACAAGGUGAGCUUCAGUAAUCUCUUCAGCUGCAGAGUUUCUUGUACUUGAAUAUCCAGCACACAUGGAACAGAGGUGUAGUGGACAACAAACGCUGUUUACACACUUCCAAAUAAUGCUGAACAGACGUACAGUGGGUUUAUUUCAAUUGGUUUGCUGAAAACAGCUGCCUGCUGCUUCUGGUAACUUCUUUUAUGACACUAUAAGAGCACUGAGACUGAAGUAUACAGAAAAUAACCAUUAUAACCAAAACAAUGAGUGAAAAGAGAUUGUAAAGCUCUGUAGAGCUGCAGGGUUGGGUUAUAAUUCUUCAUAGGUUCACAAAUAUGAAUGACCCCUUUCACUUGAAAUAGUCAUUUGAUUCAGUGAGAACAUAAAAACAUAAAAAAAAUUUAUCAAUACAGCUUUAAAAGACCACACUUUGCUGAUCACAGAUAAAAGGCUUCAUCUGAUAAAUACAUCACAAAUGUUUAGAAUUCCAUUUCUGUCAAUUUCCCAGCUUAUUGAAGUUGAUGCCUUUUUAAACUUGAUAAACACUGAAUGGUGCCUUAUUAGCACCGCUACUUCUGUGUUACAUGUGACACCAGCCACCAGUGUUUUUAUAUUUAUUAUUUCCUCUGGUAACUGCAUAGAUUGUGUAUUGUACUAUCAUUGAUAAGUAUUGGUUCUGAUAAGGAGUGUCGGUAUCAGGCUUAUCAAUAUCUAUCUUUUAUGAACAAUGUUGUUGAAGCUUGAAAUGUUACAUUGCUCACCUCCACCACAUGUUUGGUAUUGUUAGGCUGCUUAUAUCUGUACAAGAUGUUCAUUGCUGCUAAAUGAUCCGUUACUGGAUUUGGAGGAAGUGCCUAAAAAGGUCAAAAAUACUUGGAGCUGUUUCUUUUACAAAAAAUUAACUUUUUCAAGGAGUUAAAGGAAAGGUUUCUUGUUGUCAAGAAAACCAAUGAAAAGCCCAAAACCAACAAUGUGUUAGUCCAUCUCUCAAUACUUUCUGACUUCCCUACCCUGUCUGCAGCUCUCAGCUCCAAACCCACGGCUUCCCACUGAAGAUGUACAUCUAAAAACACCACACAAAUACUUUGUCAGGCUCAGUAAUUUCCUAAAACAAAUGGUCACUGUAGUUUUUAACAAACAUUACUCAAACAGGAAGAAAUAGUGCAUUUGUUGCAUUUGAGCGGUGGAUUAAUCCACAUUUGGUGCUGUAGUGAGUAUUUCCGGCAGCAGGACAUUGUGUGUGGGACUGAGUCAAAAUAAAUUACAGUGUGUGUCCAUUCAUCCAUUAUCUUUAUCACUUAUCCUUAGAGGGUUGCGGGGGGCUGGAGCUGAUCCCAGCUGACAUUGGGCGAGGGGCGGGGUACACCCUGAACAGGUCACCAGGCAAUCACAAUCACAGUCACCAAUUAACCUAACCUGUAUAUCUUUGGACUGUGGGAGGAAGCCAGAGUACCUGGAGACCUUGUGCUAAUCACUGUACCACCAUGCCGCUCUACUGUGUGUGUGUGUGUGUGUGUGUGUGUGUGUGUUUUCAUAGUAUUGAAGGAACAUGUCACCCAGUGCAACAGUGUGGCUCAGUGUUGUGUUUUUAAUAGUUUCUGGACAACAAUGGAGCUCUUUGACCAGAGGAAUAAGAUAUACAGUAUAUCAGGCUUUGGAUAAACACACAAAAUGUUUGUUAUUAGGAUAUAUUCAUUGUUGGUUUGGCUCUGAACACUGGAUUUGUUGACAAGAAGACAAAUAUAGAAUAUCACCAGACUUAUCUUUAAUGUGUAAAAGCGAUGACCAAGCAAUUGUCUUCAACCAAAUAAAUUUUGAAGAAAUAAAGAAAAAUAUGGCCAAAUAUAAACUAGAAUUACCUGCAAUGGUCUACUGGCCAAAUGUUAUACACUGCCUCCACAAAUGACAUGACUAUUGAUCAGCGCGUUCUAGACAGUCACUUUUUCAUGACAUGACUAUGAAUGUUUAUGACAAUUUGUGAAUAAAUGAUGUUUGCAAAUGCAUUUUCCUAUAAACAAACAAAUAACCAAAUAGCUUGAAUAAUAAUAAUGUCAGGUGAUACAUGCACACACAUUUAACAAAUUACAUAAAUGCAACAAAAUUUCACAAAUAGUUUUAGAUAUUUAUGUGCACAAGCAUUUCAAAAUGUUCUUAGGUUAAUGAACUCAUAGCUAGAAAUAUAUAUGUAGAAUACUGAAUUCCAUUGGAAUAAUACUGAAUUAUUGAAGUGAGUAAUUAUUUGUAAAAUAGGUUUAUCUAAGUUGGAUGAAGUACACAUUUGUCACUACUAUUAAGACAACUUUCUCACCCUACAGAGGUGAUAAGCGAAUGGAUUUAAAACUUUUGGCCUUCGCUGUGUGAAACGGUACCUCUGCUCUUUUUCCCCAAGAAGGUUUCUGUGUAGUAUAUUCAUUUGUUUUGACGUUGGUGGAGGCAAUCACCAGUUUCAAGUCAAAUCAAGUUUGUCACAUACACAAUCAUACACAGUACAACACAUAGUGAGAUCCGUUCUUUGCAUUUAACCCAUCAGCCACUGUGCAGCGCCCGGGGACAAACUCAGUCAAGGGCACUGACAGGACAGUUAAGCAGAGGAUGCUGCCUCAGGAAACCCUCUGACAUCUCAACUGAGUCAGUGUAUUGUAUGAGAGCUAGGCUUUGUGUGAAUGUGUUCAUUUUGGAUUUCUGUUAAAUUCUUUUAAAUGUUCAGACUUGGUCAUACAUGAAAUCCUGUGUAUAGUUUGUUAUUUGCCAAAACUGUAAAGGUGUGUUGUGAUGGUACUAUAAACACACGGACUAAGUAAAUGUUCGUUAGUCCCCAUUGUUGUCUCUAUGCAAUAACUAUCAAAUUUCUAUAACUAUAUAGAAAAUUCCUUGUAUGUGUAAACUACUUGGCAAUAAAACUGAUUCUAUCACAAAGAAAUCAA